AGGAACAACUGAGGGAUGCUAAUAAUUCUCUCAGAGAACAUAAAGACAUGGUAGAAGAACUGAAAGGAAAAAUCAUAGCCACAGAUUCUCAGACUUCAAAAAUUCAUGAGGAGUUGAAGCAAAAGGCCGAGGAUACUCAGUUAGAACUGGAGAAAUUGUUGGUGUACGUAAAAUUACAAGAAGAUGAGGUUAAUACACAGAAGAAUUUAGUUCUUGAGAAACAACAAAUGUUUCAGAAAUUUGAAGAGGAAGUUGAAGAAGAAACAAAACACCUGAAAGAAAAGAUCCAAGAGCUAGAAAAUAAUUCCCUUGAGCUGCAGCAACUGCUCCACCUGAAAGAAGAGGAGAACCAGCAGAAUGUAGAGAGCGUGAACGAUGCAGAACAGCUGAAAAUUAUCCCUGAGUCUCAAAUCAAAGCCCUGCAGAGGGAGAAAGCAGAGCUGAUUCAGAAGCUUCAGAGCACUGCAGAAGAUGUCAAAUACAUCAGCCAAGAAAAAGAACGUCUGAGAACAGAGGUAGAAGCUCUUCAAGCUGAGAAGGAUAACAUGACUCAAACCGUCCACCGUCUGGGUGAGACUAUAGAGAGGCUUGUUCCAGCGAAUUUGGAACUGCAGGAACAACUGAGGGAUGCUAAUAAUUCUCUUAGAGAACAUAAGGAAAUGGUAGAAGAACUGAAAGGAAAAAUCAUAGCCACAGAUUCUCAGACUUCAAAAAUUCAUGAAGAGCUGAAGAAAAAGACUGAGGAUAGUCAACUAGAACUGGAGAAAUUGUUGGUGUAUGUAAAAUCACAAGAAGAUGAAGUAAAUACCCAGAAGAAUUUGGUUCUCGAGAAACAGCAGACAUUUCAGAAAUUUGAAGAGGAGAUUAAAGAAGAAACAAAACACUUGAAAGAAAAAAUAAUAAAAUCAAAUGAAGAGAUAAGCAGCCUUACUGAGGAAAAGAAACACUUGUCAGCCGAACUGAGAGAGCAAGAGAAAUACGUACAACAGCUGAUGAAAGAAAACACCUUGCUUCAAGAAGAGAGAGAUGACCUUCAGCAGGUUAUGCAGAGCAUUAGAGAAGAAAAUAAAAGCCAACUUCAGGAAACCUUACCUGAGAAUAUUGCAAAGGAUUCUGAAAUGAAUAUCAAAGAAGAAAAGCAAGACUGCCUUGAAACUUUGGAAGUGAAAAUAUUCAGAAUAAUGGAGGUCCUGAAGAAAUUUCCAGUGCUGGAAAAAAGAUCAGAAUAUUUCAUAAAUAUAUCUCUUCAGAUUAAGAAUCAGUUUGAUAGCAAAAAAGCCCUAGUAGCCAAGUGGCUUUCUGACAUUUCUCCACAGGAAGCCGAUAAUAUCAAAAGGCUUCAAAUGGAAUAUGAACGCAUAAAUAACAGCCUGUACAAUUUGUUGAACAAACUUCAGUACUUUUUUACCUGCUUGUGCAACAGAAGAACUGAAUACUACACAAACGUCAGCAAGUACACAAGGGAACUGUUUGAUGAGCGAAGAAAUCAACAUGAGCUGCUAAUGCAAAUUCACCGUCUCAGAAAACCUCACUUGGAACAGCAGGGAGCCGGAUCCCAGCAGUCUGGUGUCUCCGGACUGAUUCAGAGCUUGGAUGAUUUCACAGAGCAAAUUUUGAAAGAAGCUUCUGAAAUGGAAGAAGAACUCAGUAGCACAGAAGUUAUGUUACAAGAGCUGGAACGCGAGAACAUAGAGAUGGAACAGUAUUUGGAACGAUGCUCAGAUUAUUUUGAUAUACAAGAUUUUGAGGCAAGAAUAAAGCAAAAUAAUGAAAAGCUUUUGUCCAUUGGUCGAUCCCUAAAACCCAAAGUUCAGCCCUAUUUUCAAGCUAGAUCAGAGCUAGAAGCCAGAAGUGCCAACUACUGCAGAGAGAUUGACGCUACCCUGAAAGCAUGUAGAGAAGAAACAAAGGAACUGAUUCUACAGUUAGAUAUGUUAAAGAAAGAGCAAAAAUCCUGUGGUGUUGCUAAUAUGGCUCUAGAAGAAGAAAACCAUAAACUAGCAUAUAAACUGAAAGCAACAGAGCAAGAUAUAAAGAAUCUAAAGUUGAAAAUCCAAGAACUGGAAAGCGUAGCAAAUAAAGCAGGAAAAGAUCUCCAGGAAAAGGAGAAAAUAAUAGCCAUACUAGAAAUGAAACUUAAAGUGAGAGCUUCCAGGAGCGAAGUAGUCAGGCUUCAAGCUGCAUUAGAGGAAAAAGAACAUUGCCUAAGAAACACAAUAACUGAGAGAGAAACACUCAAGGCCCAGGUGGAUAAAGGUGUUGGAUUAUAUAGGGAGGAAAUUGAAGUCCUGAGAACUCAGCUUGCUAAAGCUGAUAUGGCAAGAAUGAAGCAAUCCAAACUGUUUGAUCAAGAAAUGGCCAAUGCAAAAGCUCUGGCAGACCACAGGGAAGAGCAAAUAAGAAAGCUAAAGGAAGAACUUCGUAAAGCACAACAAGAUCAUGAUGUAACAGUAAUGUCUAACAAAGACCUUCCUCGGCCAUCUCUACCAAUUACCUGUGGUGGCGGUAGUGGAAUUGUACAGAAUACCCAGAUGCUAGUGUUAAAAUCUGAGCAUGCAAAGCUGGAAAAGGAACAUGCUCAACUCAAGAAAGAACAUGAGCUUCUGUUGACAAAUGAACUUAUCUUGAAAGAAGAAAUUAAGAAAUGGAAGGAGCGAGCUAUGAAGAGGAGGGAGCGUACCUUGGGGGACACCAGUGAGGAGCAGAAAAUCAAAUCUCCAAGGAAGGUGGCAGCCCCAUCUCUUUCAGCAUUGCCAGCUUCUCCCUGCAGGGAGCGCUCCAUGCAGCCAAUUUUGCCUUUGGACACGCCACAGUCAAUGCCACUGAACUGCCCAACAAAUUUCUUUGAUAACUCGCGCUUAGGAAUUAUCGCAGACACAAGAUCUGGCAGAACAGAAUCCGAAGAAAACAGUUUAAAGCACUGGCUUUCAACGGAAGAUAAAGAAGAUGUUUCUAAUUGCAAGACACAGUGACAGUCAGAUUCUCAUGGACUCUGGGCAAGACCGAUAGAUGCUGCUCAGUUUUUCCCCUUCUGGCAAAAUAAACCUGAUGGUCUUUGAACUUACAUUUCAUCACACUCAUAUGUAUUUCUUACACUUGUUUGGUGUCUCUCCAUUGCAUAUUCAUUUUGUAUUGUGUUUUUAAAUGUAUAAAUAAAAUGCGCCUUUACAUAAAUAUUUCUACUGUUUAGCAGUGUGGU